GUCGGGCGCCAUGCACGCCUCCACCCCUCCUAUAUAAAUCCACCACCAAAAGCUCGCCGAAAACCACACCAUCCCAAGCCCACAGCACGGCGGCGGCGGACAACAACACUCACCGAGUCACCGGCACGACACAGCUAGGGCGAACCAGCAGCCAAACGCAGCAAGAGCCGGCGCGCGCGAUGGCCACGGUGGAGCGGCUGACGACGGAGCUGGUCGUCCCGGCGGAGGAGACGCCGGCGGGCGCCGUGUGGCUGUCCAACCUCGACCUGGCCGCGCGCCGCGGGUACACGCCCACGGUCUACUUCUACCGGGCGGACGGCAAGCCGGAGUUCUUCGAGGCUGACGCCGUCAGGGACAGCCUCGCCAGAGCGCUCGUGGCGUUCUACCCGCUGGCCGGCCGCCUCGGGCUCGACGGCGCCGGCCGCGUCCAGAUCGACUGCACAGCCGAGGGCGCGGUGUUCGUGACCGCGCGGUCGGAGCGCUACGCGCUGGACGACCUGCUCAGCGAGUUCGUGCCGUGCGACGCGAUGCGGGACCUGCUCGUCCCGGCCACGCCCGCGCCCAACCCGCCGUGCCCGCUGCUGUUCGCGCAGCUCACCCGGCUGCGCUGCGGCGGCGUCGUGCUCGGCCUGGCGCUGCACCACUCCGUCGUCGACGCCAGGAGCGCCGCGCACUUCGUCGAGACGUGGGCGAGCAUCGCCCGUGGCGGCGGCGGGGCUGACGCGGCGCCCCUGCCGCCCUGCUUCGACCACAGGCUCCUCAGCGCGCGGCCCGCGCCAACGGUGCUGUACGACCACCCGGAGUACAAGCCCGAGCCGGCGCCGGCGGUGCACGCGGUCGCCGCCGGGUCCGCCUACGCGAGCGCCAUCAUCACGCUGACCAAGGCGCAGGUGUCCGCGCUCAAGGCGCGGUGCGCGGGCGCGUCCACGUUCCGCGCCGUGGUGGCGCUGGUGUGGCAGUGCGCGUGCCGGGCGCGGUCGCUGCCCCCCGACGCCGAGACGCGGCUCUUCUCCAUGAUCGACAUGCGCGCGCGCCUGGCGCCGCCGCUGCCGCCGGGCUACUUCGGCAACGCGGUGGUGCGCACGUCGGCGCUGGCCACGGUCGGGGAGGUGGUGACCAACCCCGUGGGCUACGCCGCCCGCCGCGCGCUCGCGGCGACGAGCCAGGGCGACGACUACGCGCGGUCACUGGUGGACUACCUGGAGGGCGUGGACGCCAUGAACCUGCCCCGGAGCGGCAUCUCGCGGGCGCACCUCCGCGCCAUCAGCUGGAUGGGCAUGUCGCUGCACGACUCCGACUUCGGGUGGGGCGCGCCCGUCUUCAUGGGGCCGGCCCUCAUGUACUACAGCGGCUUCGUGUACGUGAUGCAGGCGCCCGGGAAGGACGGCGCCGUCGCGCUCGCGCUGUCGCUGGAGCCCGAGAGCAUGCCGGAGUUCAGGAAGGUGUUCGCCGAGGAGCUGGCCCGCCUCGAGAUGUAGAGCGCGAUGUGGCACGUCCGCCACCGUGCACCAGGCGUCGUACGGUAACUGAUGACGCCGAGGGUAUACGCAUGAUGACAUAUAGCACUACACUACCGUCCAUCCAGGUUCGAGUCCUCUUCGAGUUUGAGAGCCCGUUCGCAUAAGCUCAUGUCACAUCAUUACUUUUGCAUUGGCAUGAACCAAAGCUAUGUAAUGUACCAUGUGGACAAUUGUUAGCAGUAAAUUAAAAAUGUUGAUUAAUUAA